GAGUGUGCUGCUGAUUGCAGUAUUGGUCUGGAAACCAUUGCAUUAUUCUGGUUUGUGGAGGACCUUUUUUUGAGUCGUCAAUUAUUGUUUUUUUCUUUUGAAAAAUCAUCACAAUUGCUCGUGAGCUUUUUGUCAUUAUUAUUGUAGUCUUUCAUUUUGUAAUUAAUGGAGAUAUUAUUCCGAUAUACUAUAUGAAGAAAGAUUUAGGUCUUAUCAGCUAAAGGAUGUUUGAUCUUAAGUCGUCUUAACUGUGAAAAGGAGACCAUGUAUAUGCUUGUCAAAAUUGACUGCUGUAUGUUUCGGAUUUGCUAGGUAGCCGCUAUCUUUGCUUCCAUCAUAAUCACAUUAAUUGCACAUUCAAUGCCACACUACAAGAAAAAUUGCCUUUAGCGACAUUUUUGUAGCAGCAAUAAUGUUACCGUCGCUAAUUUAAUCACAAAAUUAAAAGAUUUGUGUUAAUCAGAAACUGGUCGGUAAUAAUUCAUCGGCACCGGCAAUUAGAGAAUAAAUCCACCAAAGACCCACCGCGACCUCGCUUUUUCCCUCGUUUCCCUCUGAAACCAUUUCUUCCAUUCGCUGAAACUGAAGGCGCCACCACCAAUUCACCAUCCUCUGAAUCCUGAAGGUUUACGUGAACGUGAGAACGAUAAGGUGAUGGAGAUCGCGUACAGGGUUUUUCUUGUGCGAUUCACUACCAGCUUCUCGAUGUUGUUCAUCACUGGAUCGUGCCCAUAGACAAGGUCAAUUUUGAUGCCAGGAACGAACUCAAAAUCACCAAGCUGAUUUGGUAUCUAAUUUUUUUCCUGCUAUGGUGGGCCUGCUGCAGAAUAUCAGUAGCAGUAGCAUAGCAGUUUGAAGGAACUUGAAAAUGGGCAUCUUCGUCUCGUCGGUGUGUUGUGACUUUAGUAGUUUUAGUAAAAUGUAUCUUUCAGUUUCUCAGGUUUUUGGUUCAGAGAUGCAGGGGUGUGAGGUAUCUAUUUAUGGAUUAUUUGGAAGUGUUAUAUCCUACAUUUACUGAUAUUCUUUAUGUAGUUGUUAGACCCAAGAGACUGAUAAACAAAUUGAAUACUUGUUUGGGCUACUUCAAAAGCUAAAGGUAUCCAUUGUUUUCAUUAUUAAUCACUCUUUAGCAGCAAGGUCUCAUCUAAAUCUGUUACGAAGUGUACUUUUCUUAGGAAGCUAAUGAGGAAUCAAAAUCUGUUACAAAAGCAUCUGCCAUGAAAGUCCUAAUUUGUUGCAGGUAGAAACUUUAUGUCGUAGUUCCUGAGUCAAGGAUGGUAUGCCUUUUGUUAUAUUGCUAUACUUUGAACAAGACGCAAAUCGUGUUCAUUCACUUCCAAGCUUCACUUUUUUCUCUCUAGACUCUGAAGUGCUUCAGAUUUUCCGUACUUGAGUGCUUCUCUUGGUGAAAUCUAAUUCUUCUCCUCUAUUCAUCAAGGGUUUUUAUGUGGUGUACACGCCAUUGGCUAAACAUUCAAUAGUUGAAUAAUGGCUGGUGAGGCUUCUGGUGACCUAAAUUUGUCAUGUGGUUCUGAUUUUGGAGAUGAUGGGGGAGAGACUUUGAAGCAAGAUUCAGAAGUGAGGAAGUUUGCUUCUUAUGAAGGAUCUGGUGGUGGUGGUGAUGAUGAUAUCCUUUUUUCAGCAAGUUCAUUCCAGGUUCCUACUGUGCUGCCUGUUAAGAAGAGAACACUAGAUAUUGAUAACAACAAUUCCUCGCACAGUUCAGCUAAGAAAUCAAAGGUGUCAUUACAUGAUGAUGAAGAAGAUGAUGAUGAUGAUAUGCCUAUUUCAUGGAUAGUGAAAAGGUCGUCCGUUUCAGCUGAUAAAUCACUUUCCAUGAUGAAGAAGUUCAUAGUGAAAGAACUUGAUUUGCUAGAAAAAGCAUUUGAGGAAUGCCGAAGGAAGCGACAAGCAGAGGAACUGAGAUUGCACUCCCUGGAGAGACAAGUUGAGGAGUGCACCAUAGAGCUUGAUAAUAAGAAAAUCCAAGUUGGCUGUAUUCGAAGAAUUAAUGAAAUUUACAAAAAACUGCAGAUGAAAAUUGAAGAAUGUGUCUGCGAUUUUGUGACCAAGGAAACAUCGCACAGUUUGAUGGAGGACUUGGUUAAAGAGUGCGAGCUAGAGCUCAAGACAAAACAGGUUGAACUUGAGGUUCUUUUUCAAAAAAUUGCUCAAUGUACUAAGGAUAUGGAGACCAAAGAGGGAGAGUUUGAUGCAAUAAACAAGUUAUUUGAUGAACAAGAAAAAGAGCUAGAGUCAGAAAGGAAGAAGUUACUUCAGGUAAUCUCGACAAGGACUUAUCAUUGUGCUGUGAAGGACAUUGAGUCUAUGAAGAAGCAACAAGAAGGCAGGAGUAAGGAGCUUGAGUCAAUACAGAAGCGACUUGAAGAUCGAGUGAAGGAGUUUGACUUAAAAGAAGAGGAAUUUGUAUGCCGAGUGAAGGAGAUUGAAUCAAAUCUUGGGAGCCAAGAAAAGGACAUUGAUUCAAAAAAGAAGCAACUUGAAGGCCAAUUAAAGGAGCUCGUUUCAAAAGAGAAACAACUUGAAGGUCGAGCGGAUGAACUUGAGUUAAAAGAGAAUCGACUUAAAGGCCAACUAAAGGAGUUCAAAUCAAAAGAGGAGGAAUUUGAAGGUCGAGUGCAGGAGCUUGAGUUAAAAGAGAAUCAACUUAAAGGCCAAAUUAAGGAGUUCGAAUCAAAAGAGGAGCAACUUUCAGAACAAGUGAAAGAUCUGGAAUCAAAAAAUAAGCAUUCUGAAAGCCUAAUGGAGGAGAUCAAAACAAGAGAGAAGGAACUUGAAGACCGAGUGGAGGAGCUCGAGUUAAAAGAGAAGCAACUUAAAAGCCAAGUUAACGAGUUUGAAUCAAAAAAGGAGGAAUUUGUCGAACAAGUGAAGGAUCUUGAAUCAAAAAAGAAGCAUUAUGAAAGCCUAGUGGAGGAGGAACUCAAAUCAAAAGAGAAGAAACUUGAAGGCCGAUUGAAGGAGAUUGAAUCAAAAGAGAAGCAACUUGAAGAUCAAGUGAAGGAAUUUGAAUUAAAAAUGGAGGAAUUCGAAAGCCAAGUAAAGGAGCUCAAAUCAGACGAGAGAAGAGAGAAGCAAAAUGAAGUAUCAGUAAAAUCAAUUAAAGAGGAAAGUGAAUUGGUUACAUCUUACACAGAUAAUCAAUUGAGUCCCACCAUUGAUGGAAGGAGUUUGCAGAUGCUACCAAGUGAGCAAACAGAUGAACAACCUGAAUCGAUUGAAAAUAACAUUCUAGCUCAGCUCAAAGCAACAUCAGAUCCAUCAAAAGUCGUUUUGGAUAUUAUACAGAACCCGAUUGUUCCACCAUGUAUGAAGGGAGACAAUGCUGUAAUUAUUGAAAGCAGCCACAUUUUGAUUCUAGAACAACUGAUGCGUAUCUCGCCACAUGUUAAACCUCAUGUAAGAGAAGAAGCAAUGAGGCUAGCACUUGAUCUGAAGAAAGCUUGUGAUCUGAAAGCUAACAUGAGAGAAAAUUCUGUGAACUCUUUGGUGGUUCUGUGUUUUCUACAACUCCUUUCAAUCUAUGGAUUACUUUCUUCUUUUGAUGAGGAUGAAGUUUUAAAGCUUUUUGACUUUGCUGCUCAUCACAAGCAAACUGUCGAGCUGUUUCAGACCCUGGGUUUCACAGACAAAGUCUCUGAUUUUGUUCAGAGCCUUAUUAAGAAGGAGCAGUAUUUUGAAGCUGUUAGAUUCAUUUGUGCAUUUAAGUUGGAAGACAAGAAUCAACCUGUUGAUCUCUUGCGGAAAUACGCGCAGAAUGCAAAACUGAUUUCUGGGCGCAUUUGCAAGAACACCAUGUCUCUUGAAAUCAAGGAUGAUGCCAGAGAUCAAGAAAUUGCUAGCCUGAAAAGUGUUCAACAAUGCAUUUCAGACAACAAUCUAGAAUCUGAGGAUCUAAUUAAUGAGAUUCAACAUCGCAUUAAUGAGCUAAGUUGGGAAAAAGGCAUUGGUGUUUAUAACCUAAGGAAAAGAAAAGCUUCUAAUGGACACUAGUUGGGGUAUAUUAAACCUCUCUGGUGAAUUAACAGGAUUCUCUACCUAUGCAAAUAGUCUGCAAAGAAAAAGUUAGAGACUGAAAAACUCAUUAUAAAUUUACACGGUUAUCUUAUCUCUUUUAUACUAUUUUUUUCUUUCUUUUGUAUUUUCGUUUAUUCUGAUUUGCCAAAGGCUUAGCUUUGAUAUGUAGAAACUUUUUUAAUAUGCAAAGUAGUACUCAUAUUUGGAGUAUGUGCCA